UACGGGAGCGCGCUCGGCAGAAACCGGAAGUCAGUAACCCGAGCAGCCUCGGGUGGAUCGAAAAUUGUUAAAUGUUUACAAAAACUAAAGCGUAAUUUCUAAUCCAAACCUUCGAGAUGGGAACUACGGCGAGUCAACUUGGAAAGGACAUGCUAUCAGAAUAUCAGGAGCUGACCUUCCUGACCAAACAAGAAAUCCUCCUGGCACACAAAAGAUUCACAGAGCUGCUCACUAGAGAGGAGAAAAGUCUUCAAAGUGCCAGACUUCCCCUGGAAAGGAUUCUCACUCUGCCCGAGCUUAAGUCCAACCCUUUCAAAGACAGGAUCUGCCAAGUAUUCUCCACAUCUGAUCUGAAAGAUGGAAGCCUCACCUUUGAAGACUUCCUAGACCUUUUGAGUGCCUUCAGUGACUCCGCCACCCUGGAAAUCAAAUCCCACUAUGCAUUCCGUAUAUUUGACUUUGAUGACGAUGGAACUCUUGACUGUGGUGAUCUGGAGAAGCUGGUUAACCGCUUGACUGGUGAGACAGAGGAGACGAGGCUAUCCAGCGAAGAGAUGAAACAGCUCAUCAGCAACAUACUUGAGGAGUCAGACAUUGACAAAGAUGGGACUGUGAACCUCUCAGAGUUUCAGCAUGUCAUCUCAAGAUCACCAGACUUUGUCAGUUCUUUUAAGAUCGUGCUGUGAAGACCUCUUACGGGCUGUGGAAAAGCAUCAACCCUUCUCAUUUAACUGUUUAAUUUUAAGUGAAAAAUAUUUUUAGAUACUUGCCUUAAAUUAUCUUUACGUGUGAAUUUUACUGCCUUAACUGUUUUAUAUAUUAUGUGUGGAAUUUAUUACUAAUUUUUAAUGAUGGUUUAAUAAUUAAAAAUAUACACAAAACA